UCUGCCAUUAAAAAAACUUGACCAAAAAUAAUUUCUUCACAGAAUAAAUUUUAUUUUAAUAAUCGUUUGAACGUUACUAUUGCAACAUAUAUUUCAUACUGACAAAAACAGAGUGAUAAGAACAUUUAGAAUAUUCAGUACGUUAGUGAAUUCAAUGGCGACCACCAGCCGGUCGAUUUUAUCAAUUUUCAACGGCUUCCACCAAGCCAGGCGGUUACAUUUAUACAGAAACCUGCUAGGAAAAGUGGCCUUCAACCUAUCGGACAUCGGCGAGGGCAUCAGAGAGGUCGUAGUAAAAGAAUGGUUCGUGAAACCGGGCGAUAAAGUAGCGCAAUUCGAUAAUAUAUGUGAAGUGCAAAGUGAUAAGGCAUCGGUGACGAUCACGAGCAGAUAUGACGGAAUUGUGAGCAAGCUGCAUUAUAAAGUCGACGAUACAGCGCUGGUAGGCAAGCCAUUAGUCGAUAUAGAAACUGAAACAGAUGGAAAAUCCUCGGAUACCCCUACCAUCGAUUCGCCUAGUUCGGAAUCGGAUAAAGAACAAAUACCGAUAGCAGUAGUAGAAAAAGAUACAUUUAACACAUCAGAUAUACAAUGCAUACCGUCAGUACGACGAUUAGCUAAAGAGCACAGCUUGGAUUUGAGUAAAAUCACUGGUACCGGCAAACAUGGUAGGAUCCUUAAAGAAGACGUACUCAAAUACAUGGGAGAACCGGCAGAAAACAUUCCCACAGGGAUUUUAUCACAAGCAGAAACACCAACGACAGAACCCAUCAAAGGCUUCAAAAAAGCCAUGAUUAAAACCAUGACAGAGGCGUUAAAAAUUCCGCAUUUGGUCUACGGCGAUGAGUUUCUAUUGACGGAGCUGUCGAAACUUAGAACGAUAUUAAAAUCAAAACAUGAGACCAAAAUAUCUUCGAUGCCGUUCUUUAUUAAAGCCGUUUCUAACGCUUUGACUAGAUAUCCCAUCGUGAAUUCAUCUGUAGACGAAAAUGUUGAAAAUAUACUGUACCACAAGGCUCAUAAUAUAGGUAUAGCACUUGACACGACAAUCGGACUAGCUGUACCAGUAAUCAAGAACGUUCAAAACCUAUCGAUAAUCGAAAUAAACCAAGAACUUCAACGUUUUAUCAACGACGGCAAAACCGGAAAAUUCGCAAUCAACGAUUUAACGGGCGGUACGUUUACAAUUUCAAACAUAGGACCAAUCGGAGGUACCCAUUUGAAACCGGUGAUAUUACCACCGCAAGUCGCCAUCUUCGCCAUGGGUAGGUCCCGGGUGCUUCCCAGGUUCGACGAGAAUCGAAACGUGGUGGCAGAAGAGGUGGUGACCAUCAGCGCUUCGGCCGAUCACAGAGUUAUAGAUGGCGCCACGAUCGCCAGAUUUUGUACGGACAUCAAGAGACAGUUAGAGAAUCCAUAUUUGUUGUUUUUGAAUAUUUAAAUUGAUAUAUUUUUUUUAAU